AUCACCAACCACAAACCACCAAAAAUAUCAAUCUUAACACAAACUUAAUUAUAGUCUUAAGUCUUACUCAUUAUAUUUCUAAUAAUUUAGCAAAAAAGUAUGAAGUCUAUGUUGGGUGAUCAUCAUCUCCUUCGAAAUGGAUUGUCAAGAUUAUUAUACGAUCAUUCUAGAAACACAUCUUCUGUUAAAUUAUUACCUGGACCUUCUUGGGGUCAUAAUGUUGAUGCAGGAUCUUUAACCACUUUCAAAACUCGAAAAGUUGACUCCCUUUUUACCACCAUGAACAAACUUGUUAAACAGAAAUUUAGCUUCCUAGGAGGAGCAGAAAAGAUAUUUCGACGUAUUUUUAAUGUUAGAGAAGGAGAACAGCUAGUUAGGGCUUCUUAUUGUUGCUUGUCGACCACGGCAGGUCCAAUCGCCGGCCGCCUUUUCAUCUCAACGGAGAAACUCUCCUUCUGUAGUGAUAGAGCAAUCGCCAAAGUCUCCUCCCCAAGCGGAGAACCUCUUAGAUUUCAUUACAAGAUUGUUAUCCCAUUAAGAAAGAUUGAAAGAUUAAAUCAAAGUGAGAACGUGAACAAGCCCUCACAAAAGUACUUACAAGUAGUGACUACGGAUGAUUUCGAGUUUUGGUACAUGGGAUUUAAAUCAUACAACAAAACCUUAAAAUGCUUACAGCUACUCGCUCAGGCUCCAAAGCUUAAUUUGCUGACCUCCUCUUCAGGAUGCUAUUGCUAGCUAGAUGGACUAAUAUUCAAGACUAAUUAAUUUGUUCUUAGCAUCCACUUUAUAAUUUGGAUUUAAUCUUAACACUUAUUUUUUGACAUGGGGACUAUUAUAUACCUUUUUAUCUUAUUAAAUUUGCUACAUUUAGAUUUUUUAUUGAAAAUAUAUUAUAAUUAUUGUAGCAAAUUAAAUGAAACAAAAAAAGUAUUAAUUUAUUAAGUUUAUAGCUAGGUGAAUCAAUUUAGUGUGUUGCUAGAGCUAUGUUUAUUUUGCUUCUCUAGGAUAUUAGAACGUAGCUCUGAUGGAGGUUGAAGUAUUAGAAGUUGCUAAUUAAGUCUGUCUGUUUGUUAGUUAUAUUAUAUUAUGUAUAUGUAUAUAUCCUAUUAUUCUUUGGAAUAAUUGAUCUUCGUUUAAGAGAAAAUGAGAAUAUUCCAAUAAACUCAAUGUAAUAGAAAGAGUAUGUUUUCAAGAAAUUAAAUGUAUCCUUCAUUUGUAAA